AGAAAUUCUUGCUCUUGAAAUUCAGAAAGAGUGAUGGGAGAUGGGACCAACAUCUCCUGUAUAGCAUAAAUUCGAUCUUUUCGUGGACGACACGAUCCGAGUGUGCCGCUCACCUCUCACACAAACUCUCUCUCUCUCUCUCUCUCUCUCGCUGUCUGUCGUCAAAUGGAGAUGGGUGAGCAGUACGGAGUGCCGGAUCUACGACAGUUGAUGGGUGGAAGAACCCUUUUCCCGGCAGUCCCCCAAGCUGCAGAGGCACUCCCCAGCAACAGAGAUCUGAGAACAGACCAGCAUUAUGAAAUGAUGAUGAUGAUGGGUGGUCGCGGUCGCGGUCGCCAGGUUGUAGGCGAGUCGAUGUUGCCUCUUGCAGUUGUGGAUUUUCAUUCUGAUCAUCAUCAUCAUCAUCAUUCAACCUCUCCUUCUACUACUACUGCUGCACCAGAACCACCUCCUUCUGCUUCUGCUAUAUCUGGGUUUGAAAAAGAAACUUCUUGCAUUGGAGGUGACAGUAUUGGAAAUGGUAGGUGGCCCCGGCAAGAAACCCUCACCCUUCUGGAGAUCAGAUCUCUUCUUGAUCCAAAGUUCAAAGAAGCUAAUCAGAAAGGACCCUUGUGGGAUGAAGUCUCUAGGAUAAUGGCAGAGGAACAUGGGUACCAAAGGAGUGGAAAGAAAUGUAGAGAGAAAUUCGAGAACUUGUACAAGUACUACAAGAAGACCAAGGAGAGUAAAGCUGGAAGACAAGACGGUAAGCACUACAGGUUCUUUCGUCAACUUGAAGCUCUCUAUGGAGAGAGAGAAAGAGACAGAGAAAGAGACACAACCAACACCUCUCCUCCUUCUCCUUCUCCUUCUAACUCUAAUGUCGUUGCACGUACUACUAGUACACCAGGAGUGCAUGAUAGCUGCUUUCGAUAUCUGAUGAAUGAAGAGGAGCCCUUGUGGGAGAAUUAUGAUGUCAAACUCAACAAAGGACACAACUCCUAAUUUUACUGC